GUCACUUGCAUGCGCUGAUUGGAUUUCAUUUGUUUGAGGUGGCCGAUAGGGCAUUCGCAAAGUGAACAGCAAAUAACAAAAUUGAGGUGGAAAAUUCCGUGUGAUUGCGAUAGGGCGGAGUUUAAUUACUUAAAUUAGGUGCAGUCGAAUUUGUGGUAUAAAUAAACAAGUGCACAAUUAUACAAGUGUCGAAAUCUUCGCACAAAAAAAGUUAUGCGAAAAAUGCAAGUGCCAUACAAGCAAUAAAUUAUAAUUGGCAUUUUGUGAUAAUUUUUACAGCACAGAAUUUUUUUUUUUUUGUAGAAGUGUGCAAUAGGUAAACACGGAAGUCAACAAAUAGCAAAAAAAAAACGUGAAAUAGAAAAAUGAAACAAAGAAAAUAAAUAUAUAUUAAGGUAGUGUGUGUGUUAAAACGAAUCCAUUGGCGAUUGGUGAACGUGUUUCUAGCCCAAGUUAAAGAUAAAUAAGGGGAAAAGCGCAAGUUGUUUAAAGACCUCGAUUACAUCAAUGGAGUUUGAAAACGCCCAGUUUUUGGAUGCAGCAGCUGAAACAGCGACUGCUACAGCCGCCGCCGCCACAGCAACAAAAACGAAAGAUCUCCCUGUCAAUGAUCAUAUGCAAUCCAGUUCCGGCCGCUUAAUGGCCAGUAGCAAUGAAGCGACAACGGCAGGCUCCCAGUCUGUGACCAACACUGCGUUGGAAGAUAAACAAAAUCCUCCAAAAAUGCAAAAGCAAGCAAUGUCCGACGAUGAGCGAAAUGCAACAAAGCGAUCUCUAGUCAUACUAGCCGCGAUCUUUAUAUCGAGCUUGCUCGUCAUGGUCUACGUAUACAUGAUAUUUCCCAAAUUGGAUGAGUCGGAGAAGCAACACAUUAAAAUACCCCGUGAUAUUCAGGAUGCUAAAAUGCUAGCCAAAGUUUUGGAUCGUUACAAAGAUAUGUACUACUUCGAAGUGAUGUUUGGCGUAAUCACCGCUUAUGUAUUCCUACAAACGUUUGCCAUUCCAGGAUCAUUAUUCCUCUCCAUUCUAUUAGGAUUCCUUUACAAGUUUCCCAUUGCAUUAUUUCUCAUUUGCUUCUGCUCCUCACUGGGCGCUACACUCUGUUACAGCCUUUCGAAUUUGGUUGGACGUCGUCUCAUACGUCACUUCUGGCCGAAGAAGACAAACGAAUGGUCCAAGCAUGUGGAGAAGCAUCGCGAUAGCCUGUUCAACUAUAUGUUAUUCCUACGCAUGACGCCCAUACUACCGAAUUGGUUCAUUAACUUGGCAUCGCCCGUAAUUGGAGUGCCCGUGACCACCUUUGCUUUGGGUACUUUCUUCGGUGUGGCACCACCCUCGAUUGUGGCCAUACAAGCUGGCAAAACGCUACAAAAAAUGACUAGCUCCAGCGAAGCCUUCUCAUGGACAUCG